AUGCAAACAGCUGGAGACAUGAUCUUCAGUCUGCAGGAAAUGUUCCAACAAACCACUCGCCCUGCAAGGCAGCAAGCGAUAAAGAAGUUGAUGAACGCCAAGCAGGCCGAGGGUACUCCCGUGAGAGAGCAUAUGCUCAAGGUCAUGGAGUACCUCUAUGAAGCCUUGGAUCUUGGUGCUGAAAUCGAUGGACAAACGCAGGUGGAUAUGGUAUUGGAGACCCUGUCAAGCUCAUUCUCCCAGUUCAAGUUGAACUUCAACAUGAACAAGAUGGAGAUGUCUCUUCCAAUGCUUAUGAAGGAACUUCAAUCCACUGAGCAGAUAAUGGGAAAGGAGAAGCAAGUCCAUUUUGUUAAGAUAAGACAACUAAAUUUGGACCAAGAUUUGUGCUAUGCUACUGGGUUGGAUUUCCUAAAGGGACUCGUGGUGGCUAUUUCUACAAUCCUGAGAGUCAAAAAGUAUUCGUUAGCAUGA